CAGAGCUUUUAGUGUGACAGCACCUUUCAGUGAAGUUUAUUGCCAAACGAGUUCAGUCAACCGAUAGAUAAAUAAGUAAUUAUAGCAAUAGAAAAUGAAAAACGAUAAAUAUUUACCACCAGAGCCGACGGCACUUGGAUUUGCUUCGGCACCAACAGAAAUACCACAAAGUUAUCCGCCGCCAAGCUAUUCUCAGCAUGAAAAUCCACCGCAAGGAUAUCCGCCACAAGUAUAUUCACCGCAAGGAUAUCCACCACAAGUAUAUCCACCACAAGGGUAUCCACCACAAGGGUAUUCAUCACACGGGUAUUCACAACAAGGAUUUCCACCGCAAGUGCACCCACAACAAGUGUACCCACAGCAUUCGUAUCCACCACCACAAAACUAUGCUCCACCGCCCUCCCAGCACUUUGAACCACCCCCAACACAGUCGCCCCCACAACAGAAUAUAAUCUUUGUGCGUCCCAGCAGUUGGUACAAACGCACCGCAAUGAAUAGACCACAAAGCAACGUCUUGACUCCUGCCUCUAUUAUAUUUCUCACGGGUGGCAUGAACAUUGCCUGGAGCAUUGGAUUCCGUCAUCAGAUCUAUUAUAACGUAAGUACGCAUGUAAGCAUCGCUUGGUUCAUUGGAGCCAUCAUUGGAGCAGCCAUCUCGGCUUUUCUGCCCAAGGCCAUACCAAGGAAGGUGAUCACGCUGUUCUGCUCGAUGCUGGUGCUGAUUGGUGGAAUUGUGAAUUGCAGCACUCAUUACAAUCUCGAUGCCCUCGAAGCAAAUCUCUAUUUGAAUGGCAUUGCCAAUGGAUUGGUAUUCGCUCCGACACUGGCGCUGGCUGGGGAAUUGGCCGUGUUUUAUAUGCGUGGCAAGAUCAGUACGUCCAUUGAGCAGUUGAGCUUCAACCUGGGCAUCUUUGUGCAAGUCAUGCUCAGCUCAGGAUACUCAUCUUCAUCGUAUCAUUCGGCUGGUUACAAUCCCGAGCGCGUCAGUGGCAUUAUCGCUGCAGUGCUUGGAUUUAUGGGAUUGGUAAUUGGCGCCUUUCUGUUCGUCGAAUCACCAGUCGAUUUGGUGGCCAGCGGACGAGAGCAGGCAGCCACCGACGCACUGCGUCGCCUGCAACGCCAUCGCGCUCCCAGUGAUCAGACUCUGGCCCAGUUGGAGGAGCACAAGCGUUAUGUGGCCGAUAAUGAGAGGCUGUCGAAAGAGAAAAGCUUCCGCUGUGCAACUCCAGCCUUUAUCAAACUCUGCCUACUACGCGGUCUCAAUGCCGUCUGCAUAUCCAGUUUCUUCUUCGAAAUGAUAUAUCGUGCCAACAGUGUAUAUUUGUGGGGUCAGGAACACUUCAUUUUAUUUGGCGCCUGCAGGCUGCUGGGCAGCGUCCUUGCCUCCAUAUUUGUGGACUUUCUGGGACGGAAGAUUCCACUACUCGUGGGUCUGGCUGGGAGCACUUCCUUUGCCUUUGCCGCUGGCAGCGAGGUCGUUUUUGGUUACCGGAAUACCGAGACUUGGCUGUACACUUUCCAAUUCUUUGCUGGCUUAACAUUCACCAUCUCCUCGGCAUACCUUUCCGAGGCCUAUCCGCUGAAAGUGAAGCAAAGCUUCAUUAGCUUCACCUAUAUAAUCGAAAUGGUGGUGUUUAUCAUCAUUGGAACAUCUGAUUUAAUCGAUGAGUUCUUGUAUAUUAUUGGAGGCCUCUUGGCGGCCGCCUUCUUCCUGUCCAUUGUGUGGAUGCCAGAGACACGAAGGACCACACUCCGUGGAGCACAGCAGAAAUUCAGAGGAUUCAUAACGUGUUGCAACAACUUUAACGAGAGCAGCUAAAUUAAUAUAUAUAUAAUAGCAACAAAAAUUUAAAUAAAUUAU